AUGGCUUCCAUGAACGAGGUCUUCGCCGGGUACCACCGGCGCCAAGCCGUACUCGCCAAAAGCACCAACCCCUUCGCCAAAGGCAUCGCCUGGAUAGAAGGCGAGCUCGUCCCCAUCUCCGACGCGCGCAUCCCCCUCCAGGACCAGGGCUUCCUCCGGAGCGACCUGACAUACGACGUCCCGUCCGUAUGGGACGGCCGCUUCUUCCGCCUCGACGACCACCUCGCCCGCCUGGACGCCAGCUGCGCCAAACUCCGCCUCCGGCUGCCCCUCCCGCGGGACCGCAUCAGGCGGAUCCUGCUCGAUAUGGUGGCCCGGAGCGGCAUCCGCGACGCCUUCGUCGAGCUCAUCGUCACGCGCGGGCUCAGGAGCGUCAUGUUCUCGGACCGGAGGGAGGUGGGCGAGGGGAACAGGCUGUACAUGCUCGUGCUCCCGUUCAUAUGGGUCAUGGACCCCGCGACGCAGCUCCGGGGGGGCGGGGACGCCGUGGUCGCGCGGACGGUUAGGAGGGUGCCGCCCGGGGCUAUCGAUCCGACGGUGAAGAAUCUGCAGUGGGGAGAUUUCAAUAGGGGUAUGUUCGAGGCGGCGGAUCGCGGCGCGACGUAUCCGUUUCUCACGGACGGCGACGGGAAUUUGACGGAGGGGUCUGGCUUCAAUAUUUGCCUGGUUAAGAAUGGUAGUAUAUAUACGCCGGACCGCGGUGUGUUGGAGGGCGUCACGCGCAAGAGUGUGAUGGACGUCGCUCGGGCUAACGGGAUACCUGUCCGGAUGGAGGUCGUCCCUGCUGAGAUGGCUUAUCAGGCCGACGAGAUCUUCAUGUGUACCACGGCUGGAGGUAUUAUGCCUAUAGUCAGUCUGGAUGGGAAGUAUGUGAAUGGAGGGAAGAUCGGGCCUGUCACGAAGAAGGUCUGGGAUGGUUACUGGGCUAUGCAUUAUGAUCCGGCUUACAGUUUCGAGGUUGAAUACAACGACGGACGGAGAGAGAGGGCGAAGCUGGCUUGA